GGCGACGUAAGUAGAAAACGAGGUUGGUACAAAGCGGUAGAAAGAAAACGAAUUAAUCACGAAAAAAGGAACAACGAUUAUUGUUCAACUACAUGCUUGUGGUCGUUAUUAGUUGCAUUUUAUGAUAGUAAAUUGUAAGAACACAAAGUUAUUGCUGCAAAUCCUGCAAUGUUGACUUCUGUAAAACGUGCCGUAAUCGAAGCUAAUCCUAUAAAUUACCCAUUUGGCAAUACCCGAAGUCGAAAUGUGUUGCAAGACUUCAAUUGUGGAGUAGGUGGUUUUAACCCAUGCCGUUCAUCCUUGAAGGUUCUUUUUCUGGGUAGUGGUGACCUGAGAAACGCUCUUCAGGUGGCAAGAAAUGAAAGUUUUGAAGGCCUUCAAAUCCAUCUAAAUGAUUAUAAUCCAUCAGUGGUAGCUCGCAACAUCACUAUUUUGAAAAUAAUAUCAGCCCCUGAUUUCAAUCCUGAAGACGGUGAAGACUUUGCUUUCCUGUGGGAUGUUUGGUAUAAUCUUGAAUGGCCAGAAGUCACCCGUAAGAGAUUUCAAGGAGUGUUGAAGGACCUGUUGAAUGAUUCGUUCCCUGAAAAUGUCUCAGUCCCUAAAACUAAACAUACUGAAAUGUUGAAGAAAGUGUGGAGAUCUUGGCUUUCUGUUUUGUCACAAACUGAAUCUGAAGCUAGUUUUUUAAUGAAAAAAGUAGGCUCUGAAAGGAAGAUAUCUAUUUGUAAAUACUGGCUGCUUUGGCAUCAAAAAGAAAUGGAAAACACGAAAAACUGCGGUUUCUUUUCUACGUUCAUUGAUGCGUUGGCAUCUAGAUUGAAAACAAGAAUUGGGCCUGAAGGUUUGAACGAUUCGGCAAUCAAGAAUAUCCGUGAAGAAGCUACGCGCUAUUUUGAAGAAACAAUUGAGAAGUCCUUAAACGGAUUCCAAGACGAAGAUUCCUUUACGAUGGCCACUGCUGAACUAGCUUGUAACUUUGAAAGAAGUAUUGGGCUUGAAAAGUUGGACGAUUCGGCGAUUCAAGAUAUCCGUGAAGAAGCUAAGCGCUAUUUUGAAAACGGUAGCUGUCGACUUGAAAACGAUAUCGAGGUCGUGUGUCUCAAUCCAACCAUUCUUGAACACGCAACACUCCGCUGGACACUCUAUUAUUCCCUGUGCCCAUUUGACGGAUACAUGCCGCUCCUGAAAGAAGAACUGGACAUUUCAAUCAAGAGCAAGAUGAUGAUACGUUCCUGCCAGAAAAUACUCAAGAACCUUUUGUCUUGCUAUCGAAAACGCCUCAUCGACGGGAAAACCUUUGAAUUGUUCUUCUAUUUGGAGGAUGCCAUAGAAUUCUGCUAUUCUGAAAUUGUCAACAAGUUCGACGUCAUUGACUGCUCCAACAUGGCAGAUCAUGUUGGGUUAGCGAAUUUGAUCCUGGCUUGCAGCGGGAAGUUGUCCCAUCACCCAUCAGCAAUGUUGUUCACCGAAACUUUAAAAUGGUUUGAUUUUAAAUCUGUCAAGAUGUACGUCGAGAAAACCCUUUGUUGCCCGUUGAGCAUGAUCCCAACUCUAUAUGGAUUGCGUCUCAAAAGCCACAUCGAACUAGGAUUGCCUGAAUUUGCUAACCUGAGACGUCGAACGCCGCCCCCUGUUAACCUUUGCUGGAAAAGAGCACCUCCUUUUCGUAACGUUGUCAUGUCAACCUCUCCUGCACUGAGCGAGUUCCUGAAUCAGCUAGCGAACGUUUGCUUUGAUGCAAAGUUUCCUUAUGGAAUCACAGGUGUCCCUCCUGAAUACCGAUGUGGCAUGUUGCUGUAUACCCCGCAAACGUUCAGCUACGUAGUGAACUCGAUGAUUCAACGGCUUGAAGGAGACCAUUGGCUGAAGAAGGAUGUCAGGCCGGCGGAGAUGCAUCCCAAUUUUCAACUAGCUAGACGAACACUUGAUGCUUGGAAAGAUGGCCAAAAGAUUCUCAAGUUAUCCGCAAACAUUCCUACUGCGUCCUGUGACAAGAUGGCUUCUCAAUUAGGAGCUCCAUACAUUCGAUUGAUACUCCUGCCGAAAGCGAUGCAUGGCAACUGUUACGAUUUUUCUGGACCAAAUGUCCAUUUCAUCGACAACUUUCAAUUGAAACUGGAAAAGUGUUCAACCGGAUUCCAAGACGUUUCAAUUUCCUUUCUCCUAUAAUUCCUAAUCACGGGCU